CGUUACGUGAAAGACGUUAAUACAAGGAAAUCGAAACUUAAGGCCUUGGUACAGAUCUAAAGGUUGCUCAAUCAAAGCAGGUUGCGGACAUAGGCUAUGCAGGACAAUGAGGAAGAGUUAAGAAAUUAAAACGGAAGUAUGUGAGCGUUUUUCUCACAUUUUGUGAUUUGAGCUGGGAUUUCCAAAGCUUCGUCAUUUAUGAUGGAAACUGUAAACUAUGCUGCUGAACUACACGAGUACGCGCAAAAAAGAAGAUACGAGCUGCGUUUUGAGGAGCGCUCUGUUGGCCCCGACCAUAAUAUAACGUUUAUCAUAAGAGCCGUUCUGAAUGUUAAAGCGUAUCCUGAUGGGGUGGGGAAGAACAAGAAGGAAGCCAAACAGAACGCAGCUAAAAAUGCCUUGAAAUGCCUGAUGGAGACUGAACAUCAGGACUCGGUUAAAACAACUGCAGAUGAUAAAAACUGUGCAUCAGCUCAACAAAUGGAGAAAGUAAAUCGAAAUGUUUCUGAUAUCAGUAAUAAGAUAAGACGCCUCAAUGUGACCUCACAGCCUUAUGGGAACCAGCAGAGACAAAGGGAGCAAAAUAGAGAGACAAAUUUUAUAGGCCUCGUCGACCACUACUGUCAAAAAAAAAGACUAUGCCAUUCUUACAUUGAAGAAAGGAGAGACGGUUCACCUCAUAACCCUGUAUUUUUCUACAAAGUACUAAUCAACAACAAGGAGUACCCUGUGGGUGAGGGUAAGAUUGUAAAGGAAGCCAAACAGAAAGCAGCUCAGCUGGCCUGGUCUGCUCUUCAAGAACAGACAGACUGGGACAGCAAGGUGUCCGUCAGGUCAACAGUGUCCGAAGAUGCUACAUCACCUAUGUUCUCAGCGCAAUCAACUACUCUGGAGUCCCAUGAAUCUUCAUCACAAAGAACGUCAAUGAACACAAGUGCCACAAUAAUAUUUGAUGAUUCAUCAAACCUUUCCAAAGCUCAGAUUCCCAUAGGGUCAGCUGUGUGUGAAAAUGCACCAAGCGAGUUGUCAACUUCACUGGAGUCUCUUUCAUCGGCACAAAGUAUGUCAACGGGUACAAGUGGCUCAGGAAUAUUCACUGAUUCGUCCAACUCAUCCAAGGAUCAGCAUGUUGUCAAAGACAUGAAAAUGGGAAAAAGUCAGAAUGAGACAUCCACCCAGUCAAGGUUUACUUCAGAAUUUGAUUCCAUAGAGCGUCUUGGGAGUGGAGGUUUUGGUCGUGUUUACAAAGCCAGAGAUAAACUCCUGAAGAAGUAUUAUGCUGUAAAGAUUGUCUGCUGUGUAGAGAAAGCUCUUCGAGAGGUGGGGACAUUAUCUGACCUCCUCCACUGUAAUAUUGUUAGAUACUACACAUUUUGGAUGGACGCUUCAAGAUACCAAUGGGACAGUUUAGCGGGCAGUAACAGCUCUGUCCAGUCUUUAGACAAUUCUUCGGCAAAGUACCUGUAUAUUCAGAUGGAGUUAUGUAACACCAAAACCCUUAAAGACUGGAUUGAUGAGAAGAACACUCAGUCUCCCCAAGACUCCAAGAGAAGAGAAGAAAGUCUCAGCAUUGCUCAGCAAAUAGUUAGUGGAGUGGAAUAUAUUCACUCCAAGGAACACAUCCACAGGGACCUUAAGCCUGAAAACAUCCUGUUUGGGCUGGAUGGAGUAGUAAAGAUUGGGGACUUUGGUCUGGUCACCAAAGAUGAUGAAGAUGACUCUGCAUUGAUGGACAGAACGGAGGACAAAGGAACAUCAUCUUACAUGGCUCCUGAACAAAGGGAGAAGUACUAUGACCGACGAGUGGAUAUAUUUGCUCUGGGCUUGAUUUACUUUGAACUACUUUGGAAACUCUCCACUGGUCAUGAAAGAGUAGUGGUCUGGAAUGAUGCCAGAAGUCAGAAGUUCCCUGAAGAUUUUUUACAGACUUUUCCCCAAGAGAAAAAUAACAUUGAGUUAAUGCUGCGUGAGAAUCCAGAAGACCGACCUGAUGCAAGUAAAGUGAAGGCUGAGCUGGAGAAGUGUGCUCAGACAUUCAGCACAAAAAAUGUGCGUCAGGAAAAUGCAACUAUCUGAUUAUCACAAACAAUUGUGACAAUACCCAUCAGCAUGUAGAGAUGUGGUUAUUAAAAUUUUUAUGAAAGUGUUUACUGUUCUGCCUUACUGUAUAUAGCCCAUUAACCUGAACUUUAACUCAUACUUCUAUGGCAAUGGGGGGCAGUUUGGGGUUCUAUGUUUUGCUCAAUCAUUAACCCUGCAAAUGAUGAAGAACCUAAGACCUAAUAUAUUAUCAUGAGUUUUAAAUGACCGGGAAAGAAAAUGAAAUCAAGUUUUUUCAUGAAUUCACAUCUGUCCAGCUUUUAUUCGAACUAAUCACGUUUCAGUCAUUUCUGUGUUCACAGUUGACAUUUUAUUCUAUACUGGAAAUGGUUAAAUGUACUGUAUUCAAAGUGGUGUCACAUAACAGCUGUUUUGUACUGAAUAUCGGUAUGUUAAGUUGAAAAAUAAAAUAAUGGUUAUCUG